UGUAAACCUCGCAUGUUGUUUUUCACCUCCUGAAAACUCAUUUUCCGCAGUAGAUACCCUCUAGCAUAGUGUGCAGGAUCGCUGCGGGUGGUCAGAGUGGUCAGAUGCGUGCAGGAGUUCCGGCAAACUAUGAGGGACUUCUACAAGCCCGAUGAGCCAGAGUACGUAGACGUGGACGACGACGAGAUUGACGUGAUUGGUGAGGUGCACUUUGCCGAGGAGGUGAUCAACGAGAUGGCCAGCGAAGCCGAGGAUGUUGAGCUGGCGCAAGAUAGCGAUUCGGACUUCGAACCGUCCAGCUGUGAGUCUGACGAGGACAUGGACUCGGAUUCGGGCGAGGAGGAGGAGCAGGAGGAACAAGAUGUGGACCUAGAGGCGCCACAGCCCGCCAUGGAGGCAAUGGAUGGCGCUGAGGAUGAGGACUACGCAAUAGUCCAGCGAAUUAUUAGUGAAGUGAAGAUGCCGCGAAAUCACCCAAAGGACAUCCAAACGGAGGAAUUUGUCACAGAUCUCUCCUUCCAUCCCAUCUCAGACCACCUUGCCGUGGCGCUCAUCACGGGCGAUGUUGUUCUGUACAAAUAUUCUCUCGAGGAGAACACAAUAGCGGAAACGUACGAGCUGCACACGAAAGCGUGUCGGGAUGUGGAGUUCAGCGAGGAUGGAGAUGUGCUGUACUCCACAUCCAAGGACAGGAGCAUCAUGGUGACGGACGUGAAGACGGGGAAACUGAGGCGCUUCUACGAUCGCGCGCACGAGACGGCGAUUUACUGCGUGAGGCCAAUUAAUGAGAAUCUCAUCGCCACUGGAGAUGACGAUGGACAUCUGAAGGUGUGGGAUCUUCGGACACAGGACAAGGCGCCACUGUUCUCGCUGCGCGAGGUGGGCGACUACAUCUCCAGUAUUCACUCGAAUGACUCCAAAAAGAUUCUCUUGAUGACCAGCGGCGAUGGCUAUCUGACUUCCAUCAGUCUUGGCGCAAGGAAGUUGUACGUGCAGUCGGAGCAAUACGAGGAGGAGCUCACGUGCAUGGGACUGUACAGGAAUGACUCCAAGCUCGUGGUUGGCACAUCCAAAGGCCGCAUGUACUCGUUCAACUGGGGCGAGUUUGGCUACCAUUGCGACGUCUUUCACGGCUCCAAGACGUCCACCAACGCCAUGCUGCCCAUCACGCAGCGAAUGGGCGUGCUGGGGUGCGAAGAUGGGCUGCUGAGGGCGGUGAACACAGUGCCUGGACGGAAUCUGGGCGUGGUGGGACAGCACAAUCUGGCUGUGGAGACAAUGGACAUUAGCAACACGGGCGAAUUCAUCGCCUCCAGUUCGCACGACAACGACGUUCGUUUCUGGAACAUCAAAUACUUCGAGGACUUCGACGAUGACAUGCCUGCAAAGGAUGCAGGAUACAAUCUGCCCUCGUCCAAGUACACCAACGCGCGGGACUUCUUCUCUGGACUGGUGGACUGAGAGCUAAGAGGGCGCGAAGAUUGUAGAAAUAUUUUAAGAGCCUAGAAUAAAGUCAUUACUGUGAA